AUGGCAGAAGAGUUCCCGGAGAUCCAAGGCGGCGGAUCGCUGAUUCUGGCAUGGCAAGUGCGGAAUAAAAAAGUCCUGGUCGUUGGCGGCGGCGAGGUAGCGGCCGGCCGCAUCCUGAAUCUCCUCAAUGCCGAUGCUCGAGUCGUAGUCGUAUCGCCGAGAGACGGCCUCCAUCCAGAAGUCGCAUAUCGCAUCGAACAGCAGCAGGUGGAAUACCAUGACAGGCUCUUCGAGCCUUCGGACCUGCAUGACAAGGACAUUACCAUGGUCAUGACGGCCAUUGAUGAUCCGCAAGCAAGUUCGCGCAUAUGGAGAUUAUGCAAAGAAAAGAGACUGCCUGCCAACAUCGCAGACGUGCCUCCCGAAUGCGAUUUCUACUUUGGCAGUGUCCACCGCGAUGGCCCACUUCAAAUCAUGGUCAGCACAAACGGCAAUGGCCCGAAAAUGGCCAAUCUUGUGAGGAGAAGGAUAGCCGGCAGUCUGCCACCGAACAUGGGCGAUGCGAUCAAAAAGGUCGGCCAGCUGCGACGGAAGUUGAGAGAAGUCGCACCACUGCCUGAGGAAGGUCCAAAGAGAAUGCAAUGGAUGAGCAAGGUGUGCGUCAAGUGGACACUGGAAGAUCUAUGCGACAUGGAAGAGGAGGAUAUGGAGAAGUUGUUGCGAUACUAUGCGCCAGAUGAGAUUCCAAGUCUGUCCGAUAUUCGAGGGCCAUGGCAGUUCGACGGCAGCUUUGGCUGGGCCUGUGUUGUGUGAAACGAUUCCUUGUACGCGGAUGAACGACUCAGAAUUCGCUACGAACUCCCAUCCACGCUGCCCCGAGGUGCGUAUUUCACCAUCCUACAGCAGAGUUGCUAAAGGGAGCGCCGACAUUUCAAACACAGCCGGCCAGUCUCAGUGAGAGAAAGAGGUGAUCCUGAGCACGACCAAGACUACUCACUGGAGCUUGGCAGUGCGCGUGGAUGGGCUUCUCGGUAACAGCUCAUUAUUCAGAGAUGGCACCAUUCUGCUAAUUGCACACUUCGUUC